AUGUGGCGGUCCCUAUGCUCCUGGACCCACAUUAGCCGUCGCCCAGCGAGCCUUGGCCUUGGGCGAGGCACGUACAGUGCCUUUCGUCGAUCACAACAGCAUCGCAACUCCUCUUGCACACCCCUUCCCCGUAACUACUCAUCCGCGCAAGGAAAAGUCCAUUCCGCCAUACAAGAUCUGACAGCUUCGGACGCACAGCGCCGAACUAUUUAUGCCCUCUCCACACCCCCAGGCAAGGCUGGUGUCGCGGUGAUACGAGUCUCAGGGCCCGAGGCGCUCGACGUGUGGAGGCGCGUGAUCCAGCCAACGUGCAAACGGAAGGCUUUGGCAGACUACAUUCCAACUCCAUGGAAAAUGGAACGAUGUCGGGUGGUACAUCCAGAGACGCAGGAGAUGCUGGAUGAUGGGUUGGCGGUAUACUUCCGGGCACCGCACUCGUUCACUACUGAAGAUGUUGUUGAAUUGCACAUUCAUUCAGGCCGUGCAAUAGUCGCCUCUGUACUUGGCUCGCUUGCCUUGCUUCCCUCGUGCCGACCGGCUGAGCCAGGGGAGUUCACUCGACGCGCCUUCCUUGGCGGUCGACUUGAUCUGACGCAAGUGGAAGGGUUGAAGGACCUUAUUGACGCAGAGACUGAUGCGCAGCGACGUAUCGCGUUGCAGGCUGCUGGGGUGGGUGAGAUUUUCGACGAGCUUCGGAAGGGGAUCAUCAAUUGUCUAGCUCAAAUAGAGGCUUUGAUCGAUUUUGGAGAGGGAGAAGACAUUGAAGAGGGCGUCUAUGACGAAGCUAGAAUCCAAGGCAAAGUACUUCUGGACACUAUGAAGUUGUAUCUAAACGACCACCGUCGUGGGGAACUCAUGCGCUCUGGUUUAAGACUAGCGAUAUUCGGUCCUCCGAACGCUGGAAAAAGCAGUCUGCUGAAUUUCCUGGGCAAGCUCCAAGCUGCCAUCGUGACAUCAAUCCCUGGAACGACGCGUGAUAUCCUCGAGCUCUCUCUUGACAUCGGAGGGUUGCCCGUCAUCGUCGCAGACACAGCAGGUCUCCGGCAUACCGAAGACGUGGUUGAAAGCAUCGGCGUUGAAAGGGCCAGAAACGCCGUAAAGGCUACGGAUAUUGCCCUCUGCGUUCUCUCCCUACCCGAGACUCUCGAUUCUCAAUCUGGAAUGAAGGAGAGUAUACAUUCAUUACGCGACCUCAUAAGCCCAGAAACCUUCUUCCUCUUCAACAAAUCCGAUCUGCUUGGUCAAAGCUCGCGCGGAUUACCAGACCCGGAGGAUUUGAGAGACAACCUUUUAGGAAACCAGCAUCACAAUUCAAAAAGUGGCCAACGAGCAUGGGUGGCGAGUCUGAGCACUGACAACUGGACACCAUCCCAAACCCCCCUGAUCACUCGUGCGCGACAUCGCACGCAUCUAGAAAGCGCAUGUCAAUUCUUGGAGGCGUUCUUAGAGCUACCGCCGGAAGAUGUGGUGCUGGCUGCAGAGGAGCUGCGAUAUGCUGCUGUUGCAGUGGGGAAGGUAACGGGGCAUAUUGACGUUGAGGAUAUUUUGGAUGCGGUGUUUCGGGAUUUUUGUAUUGGGAAGUGA